UCGAAAGGGAAGCAGAUCACAGUUACGUAUCUCCAUGGAUCGUUUUCAUAUCUCAUGUAGCUACUGAGCUAGUUAUGGAGACAGAAAGUUCAGGAAAACGUACAGGGCACGGAAUAUGUGGUCCAGAGGUUAGGAAAGACCCUUUGUCCCUGCUAACCCUGGUGGACAUGGCCUUGGCAUUGGAAACACAGAAACCCUCGGAGAAAGACCACACGUACGCAGUUGCCAAAAAGCACACGAAAACUAAAAAGUUCCCACAUGCAGAAAAUGAAAUGCUACUUCAGAAGGAGAAAGAUCAUAAUUACUCGUUUUGUAGUAAGUCUGUAGCAUUACGUCACAAUCAUUUACAGAAACCUAAACCUCAAAAGACGGAGCGUGAAUACCCUACUAGAAGUUCAUCAGAGGAAAACCUAUCCAAUGCUACCUUUCCCACCCUCUCUGAAUCCUCAAUAACCCAACGUCGGACAGCAGUGGACGACACUAGCCUUAAUACGUCGCACAAGUGUUUUCCUUUUGGAAAAAACAGGUCACCAUUCCACACAACCAAUGACCAUACUUAUCCUUUAUGUGUGGCACUUGACAGCAGAAAACACCAUGGUAAAGGUACUAUGUCAGAUGCUAUGGAAAUUCAAGGGGUUAAAGGCGAACCCAUGGCAAUGGAUGACUCAUACCUUGGAAGUCAUUCAUGGCCAAAAGAAAACAUGUUUCCUCCAUUCCGUGGCAGAGACAAUAAUCUUUCACAUACCCUGCCUCUGAAUUAUAAGUAUGAUCACACCUAUGCACAAGGAAAAAACAGUGAUGAUGAAAAGAUGAGUAUCUGUGAUGAUUCAGAAUGUCAAAACCCAGCUGUUGAGAAAUCAGCUGCAUUAAAAACGGAUCACAACUACAACAAAGGUCCGUGUGAUAAAACAAAGAAUUUAUCAGGACUGGUAGGUCACAUUCGGGCUCCUAAGCUAAUGCUGAAAAACAAUCGCAUUGAUCACAAUUACAGUGGCUUUACAGGUACAUUUUCUUCUGCACCAACCCAAUCCCAGGGAUCUGUGGAAAGUUUGGAUAUGGAUUUUUCUCAGUCCGACACAGACUCUUGUGAGGAGACCGAGGAGGAAGAGCGUCGGCUUGCAAUUACCUCAACUAUUUCAGCUUGGCUUCAGCUGCGAAAAGAUCAUCCAUAUUCAUCCAUUUGAUCUAGAGUUGAUUUUGUAUACAUGUGAUUUUGCGAAGUGUGGAAUGAUGGAGCUGGUGAAGUGGUUCAACUAGAAACAGAUGUAGAGAUGAAUCUAUGAGGCUAAUGGUGGAUGUGACGUCUAAGACUUCAUAAAAACAAUAACAGUUGUUGAAGUGAAAGUGUGUGGAAUUUUUGAAGUGGGAUUGUGUCCGUACAUGAAAGAAUCAUUACAGAUGAAAUGCGAGGAUCAGAAGAAAUUUUCCAGUUUCUAUUAAUAGUUCCUGAGUUGAAAAUCAGUUUUGUAGUAAAAUUUUGAAAUUACGGUUUUGUUGGUAUAUAGUAAAUUUGACAAUUUAUAAAUUCAUAUUUAUUUUGUAAUUUACUAGAAGGUAUAUUUACCAUUUUAUAUGCAAAAUACAUGCAGGAUAUGCUUUGUUCCAUGUGCUAUAAUUCAGCAUCUGACAUGCUUGUUUGUUUUUUUUAAGUCAUCUGGCACAUAUUCCAUGACUUUGCGAUGCUGUAGUUCAAAUUAAUAUCUGGUCAUAGAUUAUAUAUCUCGUAUUUAUAUAUGUUCCUGUUUAUUUUUAUUGGUCCUGAUAGACAUUGGACAUUCUGGUUAUUUUCACAAUAACCACAAAUAAUUUUUGCUGGAUAAUGAUAGAAUUUAAGAAUAUUUGUCUGUUGAUAGCUGUGUAUAAUUUCUUUUUGCAAAAUUAUCAACAACAAACAAAAAAAUGUGGCUUUUUUUUGCAUCAAAUAAAAAAUAUCAUUUAGCAGAUUUAUUUCUUCAACAUUAGCACAUUAUCUUUAACCUUCUUUUGUCCCAUUAUAAACAGAAUUUCAAAACAGAUCUUGUCUUUGAAAUAUGUCAGCUGUUAUUUUCCUUGAAAAUGAAGUCAUAAAAUAUACCGACAAGAUAUUUGUUGAAGACAGAAUUUUCAGUUUGGAGUUUGGUAUAUAUUUCGCCAUCAGUAAGAAACUUCCAUUUAUUUUCUUUUACAAUUCUUACAUUAAACAUAUUCCAAAUCAUAUCAUGUACUGGUUAUAAUAUACAAUAUAUACUGUAGGAUGAUGCUACUGUUGUCAUACUCAAAUAUUUUGUGUCAAAAACAGAACACUAAAUUUCAAUAAUGUCAUUUUUUCACGAUUAAUGGGCUUAUUUCUUCAUUAGAAUUUCUGACCUGGAAAUUUCAACAUUCACCACUGAUGACACCAAUGAAACAAAAACUUACACUGUAUUGAAUAUAUGGAAUGUGUCAGAAUACUAUCAACUUUAAGCAGUCAUGAAAUAUACUUUGAAGUUCAUAUAUAUGAUUGUUAUCAUUGAUAUUGCCUUCUGCUUGGUGUCAAAGAACUUGUCUGCUUAUGUAUCUACAUAAUGGAACCAUAUACUGUACCUUAUGUUGUACAUAAUAACUAGUAACCUAAUAUGAAGACUAAAGACCAAUUAUAACAUGUUCUAGAGGCAUCAGUGUCUUUGUACCAGUUAUGACUAUAUCUGUCUAUUCACUUGCAGUAGGUAUAUUGUAAAACAUGGAUUCUUGUUUCAUACCAACUAUUAAAUUAUAAUUAGACAAUUACUAACGACAUUUUCAACAAUUUAAUGUAGUGCUGUUAAAGUUUUAAAUAUCUUCAAAUAUCAUAACUGUCAUAAAAGAUUUUGUGUAUAUUAAAAUUCUCCUACAUAUCCAUAUUGUUUUGAACCUGUAAACUGGAAACAAACAUUUUUCUCCAAGUACUUGAAUCAGAGGUUUGUAUCAUGUAUUAAAUGUGUGAAAUUUGGACAAUGUAUUGUAAAAAUCAAGAUGACCAGAUGUUAGAUAUUUUGUUGAAAACAUGUGCAAUUGGAUAAGGAGAACUUCUAAACAUUGACACGACACAGGGACUUCUAUAUACAUGUUAAUAAUUGUCUUAAUAUUGUGUACUAUUUAAUGGUUGUAACAAUUGUUGAACCUCUGAACAUGGACUUUAAAAAAAUUUUAGACAGCAGUUAAAAAAAAACUGAAAAAAAAAAUCUAAACACUGCAUGUGAAUUGUUGAUAGAAUCUUCAUUGAUACUGUGAUAACAUUCAUUUUUGUAAGGUUUUUAUUUUAAUCUUUCGGGUACACAAACCCACAAAUUCAUAUCCAUGAAAUGAUAAACCAGUAAAAAUUUACAUGAAUGUGUUGUACUGUGUGUGGAUUUCUUAAGUACUAAUCAAGUGUCAACUGAGUUUGUUUCUCCCAAAAAUGUCUUACUUUACAGUAUGUGAUUAUAUUGAACAAUGAUCAUGAAAGGUCUAAUGUUGUUCUGACGAUUCUAAGAGGUUCAUGGUCUGGUUUUUUGAUAACAGUUCUUUUGAUAUAUAUUGUAGUGUAGACUGGAAAUCAGGAAAAUACAUAGAGGUAGUUGAUUGAAACUCCUAAUGAGGAGAACAUAAUUUGUAAGGUAAGUGAACUUGUAUAGAAAAAAACUCCAGUCAGGUUUAACAGUCACUUCCUGGCUUACUACAGCAAGAUAUGCAGACUAAAAGAGAGAGAGAGAUUGUACUGCAUUCUGGACCUAGUCCUUUUAGAUGUGAUAGUACCUGAGAGCCUCAGUGAGAGGUGAUUGUACAAGUCUGCUGUGUUAUAGGAAUGGAUGUAUCACUGGUUGAAUUGUCCAAGGUAUGAGUCAUUGAUGUACAGUAUUAUCUGGUAAAUAUUCUGUAAAGCUUUUUUUCUUUAAUCUGCAGGAGAAAAUGUACAUGCAUUAAGAUUUAUUUUCAAUAAAUAUCAGAACUGUU